AUGGCCCCGGCGGCGGUGGCUGAGACGGAUACGGUUGCCCCAGCGGCCGUGACUGGGACGGCGGUGGCGAUGGAGGAGAGGGAGUCUGCCCCCUCGGCCAUGACGGGGACAGUGGCAGUGGGGGAGGCGAGGACACUAGCCCCGCCGGUUGCGACGGAGGCCGCGGCGGCGGCGGAGGCGGGGACGUCCGCCCGGGGAGUCGCGGCGAAGGCAGCGGCAGCGGCGGGGGCGGAGGUGCCCACUCCAGGGGCCACAACGGGGGCGGGGAUGCCUGCCUUGGCGGCCGCGACCAGGGACGCGGCGGUGACGGGCACGCCCGCUUCAGCAACCGUGACGGUGGUGGCGGCGGCGGCAGACGGAUCAGAGCACGCGUUGGCGUCAACGACGUCCGCGGAGAUCCUAGCAUGGAUGGCGGUGCGUGUGCCGGGACCGUCGACGAGGCCGACGGCAUCCGGGGUGACGGCGCCUACCCUGGCGACGGCGUUGGGGACAGCGGCGCCGGGGGCGUCCGGGGCGACGUCUACCCAUGCCUCGGUCGGUCCUAUUCCCAAGGCGUGGAGUGGGACUACCAUGCGCUGGAUGUCUCGCGACGACCCGCAGAGGCCCCUCUUAACACUGGAUGACGCCGAGGCGUGGGGCAAGUGGCAGGCGGUGCAGGGCGGACUUGCGAACGUUCGCGCUGCCCUGGCCUCGGCGAUGGGGGAGCUGGACGGCGUUGUCGUUCCCAGUGGCUAG